GCGUAGAUGUUGGUGCCUUAGGGUUAGAUAAAUGGGGAAAUGAUCUUACAAACAAUGUGAAUGGUAUCGAGGAUAAAGUUGAAGAACAUAUCCGUGGUAUCUCGAAGCCAACUGGCGAAAUAUCUGGGAUAAAAGAUAACCCUUCCCUUAUAAAAGGAAAAAAUAAGUCAACGUCAACGCCAUAGAUAUCUUAUAUACACUAGAUAGUGCACCUAAUUAUUCUGCAAUUCAAAAAUUGAAGCCGUGAUUGCAGACUCAGGAUAUUCCCUUGAAAUGAGAAGACUCGUAUGUUUUCUAUUUCUUAAACAGGGAAUUUAAACAUUAAGUUAAACCUAUUGCAAUACAUUUUCAAACUGUUCAAAUGAUGAAAGUUAUUGUUGUUGUUAAGUGUAUAUUAGCGAGGGGGAAACUCCAACAUGGCCACCAUCUAUUCAAGUGGGGUAACCGCUGGAAUAUUCUUGGCUUCAAUUUUACUUAAAGAGAUGCGCUAUCUAGUGUAUGUAAGAUAUCUAUGGUCAACACACUGAGCGCGCCAGUACAUUAAUAUAACUUACCGGAGUGUCUCAAACUUCAUCCCACAUGUCAACACCGGAAGCUUGUACAUCAAUAUCACAACAAGAGGAAAUUCAGAAAAUUCAUUUGGCUACAAGCAGUCAUAGUAAUGAAGAAGCAGCAGUUUGUUCGAUUUCGUCCUUUGAUUCUUGGACAUGAAUUCGAAGAGACUAAAACAACCAUGCAGUCGGUUGGUCCCAAAUGUCUAUAUAGCAGAUGCCCUUUUGAAGUUGGAAGCAAGGAGACAUAUACCCAAUGUUACCUUGAAUAAAUUUUCUUUGAAUCCAUUGGAUUGGGCAUAUUUCAUUGAUCGCCUUAGUAAAAUACGUAUCCAUAUCCACAAACCACACCUAACAGAUUAUAUGCGAUUGAUUCAGCUAAAGAUGCAUGUUAGUGUCGAUGCGGAAAGAACAAUUUCGGGUUUGCGUUCGAAAGGGAUAAUGUAUGCAACAGCCUUUGAAACAAUUAAUUUAAGGAAAAAUUCGGGCAGCCAAGUGUGAUUGCGCGUGCAUUAGUUUACAACCUCACCAAAAGAGAGAAAAUCGGUAGAAGCGACAGGAAGAAAUUGCGUGAGUUUUCAAUCGACCUUCUUAAUUGCAUGGCGAUAAUGAAAGGCAUUGGAUAUACAGCCGACAUAAAUGGCAACGAAAAUGUGUGAAGGAUCGUUAUGCGUUUUCCAGACCACAUGAUCGAGAAGUGGAGAGUCGUUGUGGCCGAUAUUCGAAAGAACAGCACGACGGCAACUGUUGGCCACAACAGUGAAUUCGUGAGAAAGAGGGUAAAGGCGGAGUUUGAUCAAGACUUUGGUGUUGAUCUACGAGAUUCGAGAUCGCCGAGAAACGACCUUGAUCCACCGAGAAGAGACAUGUACGAUGUCGUGAUUUCAUGA